CACGACGGGAGGCGGCGGCGGAAGAGGCGGAGGAGUGGGGCCGGGACCGGGAGCGGCGUGGGAACCGCACCGCGCAUCUCCGCAUCCCCGGCGCACCCAGCGCCUCGCCAUGGCCACCGCCACCGCCACCUGGCGCUACCGCGGGGACCCCGAGGGCGAGCGGCCGGCGGCGCUCGUGCGGUUCGCCAACGGGAGGCUGGAGCGGCCCGAAUCGCUGCAGUUCACCGCGUACCGGAACCGGGACUCGGCGCACCCGCGGAAGAGGCACCGCCGGAUCCUGGUCUCGGAGACGGAGCGGCUCUGCUACGUGGGACACAACUUUGGCAGCCAGGUCAUGAGGUGCAACUCCCUGUGCAGGUACUUUGUUGGAGUGCUGGACAAGAGCUCUGGGCAGAUGGAUGUCUACAAUGCUGAAAUGUUCAACAUGCAGCCCCUGCUCUCAGAUAACGUGAUGCCUGACGACACCAAGGACUACCAGACCAAAUCCUACAGGGAGAAGAUGGAUCUGUGCAUCGAGGCCUUUGGCACCAGCAAGCAGAAGCGAGCCCUGAGCUCGCGCCGCAUGAACGCCGUGGGCAGCGACAUCGUGAGCACGGCUGUCACCAAGGCGGCUGCCAACGUCAUCGAUGCCAAGGGAGUGACAGGGCUGAUGCAGGACAUGGCCCAGGACGAUGUGCAGAACAUCUCUGCCUUCCUCCCGCCGUGCCACGAGGACGCCCAGCGGCCAGAGCACGUGUACAGGUUUGAGGACAUCCUGUCUCCUGCCGAGUACGAGGCGCUGCGGGUGCCUGCAGCCGCCCUGGCCAGCAUCACUGCAGAGGAGAUGGCCAAGAGGGCAGAGGAGAGAAGCCUCUGCUCCUUUGUUUUGGAGGAGCUGAAGUUCCUGCCCACUGAUGAGAAGAGCAGGGACCACAAAGCCAGAUGCCUGUGGUUCCUGGACACCCUCAUCAAGUUCAGCCAGCAGAAAGUGAUCAAGAAGAAGCAUCCAAUGGGUCCCGAAUGCCCACACAUCAUCAGCAAGAAACUCAUGAAGAAUUUCACCUCGCUGACCUACAACAAUGGCAGCAUCCAGAAUUUAAUCUCUGCCUCCAUGAAGGCCAAAAUCACCGCCUAUGCCAUUGCCUUGGCUCUGCACAUUAACAACUUCCAGACAGAUCUCACCGUCCUGCAGAAUGACCUGAAGCUCUCAGAGAGCAGGAUCCUGGACAUCGCCAAGGCGCUGCGGCUCAAGGUGUCCAAGGCCAAGGGGGUGCCAGGGCUGGAGAAUGACCAGAGCCACAAGCUGGGCACCCUGUCCCUGCCCCUGCCCACGCAGAAGGCACCAGAGGGACAGCGCAAGCGCAAGAAAAUGAGCUGAGCAGCCCCAGAAGCUCUGGGGGCACACAGCCCUUCCCUCACAAGGUCAUGGGGAUGCCUUCAUCUGCUGGGUUUGGGUCCAGCAUCAGCCCUCACCCAGCUGGAACCCAGGCUGAGGGUUUCACCUCUGUAAAAUGCUGCUUUUUUUUUCUAUUUAUAUAGAAAAAGCUAUAAUAAAACCUUUUUUUUUCUAGUUUGUCUGGGCAGGUGUGAAAUGGAGGUUGAGCUGGAGCACAGGGAACAGUUUGAGGUGGCAGGUUCUGGUUCAUGGCCCCUCCCAGGUUCAGGGUCAGAAGGAGGGAGACAAAGAGUGUGACUUACAUACACCUUUUUGUUUCUCUGGAGAACUGCAAAGAUAUUCAGUUUCUGUCACUUUUCCUAUCCUGGCUGUUCUCCUGGGCAGGGAGAGGUCUGUGAUUUGGAGCUGGUAUCACCUUCAUGGAGAGCAGUGAAAAUGGGCCCAGAGCUGUGGCUUCCCAGCCGUCAGGGAGAUCCUUUAGAGUGGUUCCAGAGUUGUCACUGCUGGUGAUGUCUCUGUGUCCAGCCCCUCUCCCUGCCCAGCUGUGUCCAGGUGCCUUUGGAGUGCCUCUGGUUACAGGAGCUCCACAAAUCCACAGUGAAGCAGUUCCCCAGCAUUCAGAGGGCGCCUCCUUUGUCUCUGUGUGCUCGGGGCCUCUGGCCUGUCCCUGGGCACCUUCCCUGCAGCUGCCCUUCUCCUCUGAGGGGAAUGUGGGAACAGCUAGACCUGGUGAUAGUAGGCCCUUGUUAGUGUGCUCUCAGCUUUAACAGUGUUUUGUGGCAAAAGAAAUGCAUAGGUCAGUGUAGCAGGCUCGAUGGAAUUGGCUAGGGCUCUGUGGAAGGCUGAGACUUAACAGUAGGAAUUUUUGAGUCAGGAUGAAAUAUCAAAAUAAGCUCCUGUCUGCCGCCUCUCGGACCCCAGCUUAUCUCUGUAACCCCAUAGGUCACUUUUCCCCUAACCCCUACUAUUGGACAAGUUUGGAUCCCCUUACACCCUACAAAAAUGGGCUGUUUUAGCCCAUUCGGGAGAAGAAGAGCCGUCACAGACCCUUCAAUAAAACCAGCACUGUGAAACCACCAGCACUAUUCCUUCUUCUCC